AUGGAGAGUAGUCAUCUUCUUCUGACACGCACUUGCUGCUGCUGUUCAUUCUCACUUCAAUCUUCAUCAAUUCUCCAUUUCCCAACCUCUCGUUCCUUCCGAUUCCGACGCAAUUCAACAAUCUCUUCCAACAAUUCUUCUUCAUUACCCGACGCUACUUUUCCUAUUCCAUCUAGAGGGACUAAGGUUGCUGCCACGGAUUUAUCUCUUGCGGUCAAGAAGAAAGCAGCAGAUGUAUCCCCUGAGUUGAAAGGCUCUUCCAUAUUUUUGGUUGGUAUGAAAAGUUCUCUUAAAACCAAUCUAGGAAAACUGCUGGCUGAUGUGUUGCGAUAUUAUUAUUUUGACAGCGAUAAUUUGGUGGAAGAAGCUAUAGGCGGUGCAUCAGUUGCAAAAUCUUUCAAAGAGAGUGAUGAAGCAGGGUUCCAUGAGUCUGAGACUGAAGUGCUUAAGCAAUUGUCGUCUAUGGGUCGACUAGUGGUUUGUGCUGGAAAUGGUGCUGUUCAAAAUAAAACUAAUUUGGCACUCCUGAGACAUGGGAUUACUUUGUGGAUAGAUUUGCCUUUAGACAUUGUGGCCAGGGAUGUAAUCGAAAAUCAGAGUCAAUUUCCUUCAUUCGAGAUAUCUACUUCAGGAACUUACCCAGAGGUAAUGGAUGAACUGGGUGCUCUACACAACGAGUACAAAAAUGGAUACGCCACAGCUGAUGCAAUUAUUUCACUUCAAAAAGUAGCUUCUCUGUUGGGUUAUGACAACUUAGAUGACAUUACAGCAGAGGACAUGGCUUUGGAGGUUCUUGGGGAGAUUGAGAAGUUGACUAGAGUAAAGAGGAUGAUGCAAGAAGCUGCAAGGCCAUUUUAA